AUGAGUCCCUCCGUCAAUGAGAUCACCCCCGCAUCCGCAUCAGGCCCAGCAGCUGCCGCAAAAACAAUCGCCAUCUCACAACUUCACGACUUUCUCUCAGGAGGAUUCCCAGAUAUCUUUCGAUGGACCCUUCAUCGCCCACCGACCACAGAAGAGCUGAACGGAAACCUCUGCAGUCUCUUCAACGCCAUGUUUGUCCACUUCCGCAACACCCUGCCCGCCAAUGAACCCUCCCCCGAGUGCUUCAUUUUCACAGAACCCGGCAAGCCCGCAGUGACAUUUGACGACCUCUGUAGUCGGAUCAGUCAUUUCACUCAGGUCUUGACCCAGGAGGGGUCCUUCAAGUCUAAGGGUAGCAAACCCCUUGCUCAAGGAGACAAGGUCUUGAUUUUGUCGUCCUUGGGAGUUGAUUUCUUUGUGGGAUCUAUUGCCUGUCUGGCGUUGGGUGCUACGUUGAUCCUGUUGGACCCCUUCAUGGAGAGGGCAAAGAUGAGUGUCUGUAUUGAGUCUGUCCUGCCUAUCAGCCAUAUCGUCACCAACAUGAAGCUGACGGCGUUCAAGAAGUGGAUCCUCUCGAGAGCUGUACCUGCUCUCAAGAAGAUCCCCAAUGUUGUCGAGAUCCCAGUCAACGUCGAUAAAAAGAUUUUGGCUUCGGUGCCCAAGACCAUCCCAGUGACAUCCGUCCCCGGAGACACCACCGCCCUCCUCUCCUUCACCACAGGAUCGACCGGCAACCCAAAGCCCAUCCGUCGCUCUCACGAUUACCUCCGCGCCCAGACCAUUGCCGUCUUCUGUCAAAACGAAAUCAAGGCCUCUUCCGCAGAGUCCGACGCUGCACCAUCAACAGCAACAACACCUGCACCAGUCUCCUCGCACAAGCCCGUAAAGGCGGUGACCAACCUGCCCGUCUUUAUCUUUGGCCAGAUCAUGCUCGGAUACACCACCCUCAUCCCCGACAACUUUAACCCUGCCGGUGUCAACCCUGCCCCUCUCCUCCAGGCCAUGGUCCGUCACAACGUCCAGGUCGCCUUCGGUUCGCCUGCAUUCUUCCUCCGUCUCUUGCAGCACCUUGAAGCCACCAGCGGCGUCGACCAGUACGGCAAGUUUAUCAACCCUCUCCCCGUCCGUGUGCUCUGCCUGGGUGGAGCUCCUGUUUUCUCGUCAGAGCUCGAUAUCAUGCGCAGGGGUGUCCGUGGCGCUGCCUUCAUCUUUUACGGUGCCAGCGAGGCUGAGCCCAUCUCCAAGAUCCGUGUCGAGGAGCGCAUUCUCCUCGAGGCUAACCCUACCUCCGCUCCCAAGGUCAAGGGGUCCAACAAGAUCACACAGCUCGAUGUCCCGUCAGAGUCGGAAUCUGAGUUUGAAGGAGGAAACGUCCAUGCCCUUUGUGUCGGUCAUGUCAACCUGGACGGUGGAUUUGCUCACACCGCUAUUGUGCCAUUGGAAGGUGAGGAGGUCAAAGGACAGCAGUUCCUGGAGCUUGGUCACAUUGGCGAGAUCGUCGUCUCGGGUCCCCAUGUUCACAUCACUACUACCUCCGAUGACGAUCGUAUUAUCCACGAACUCCCCUCAGAGAAAAACGGCAACAAGGACAGGAUCUGGCUUCGCACCGGCGACUGUGGAUACUUGGACUCUGCUCACCGUUUGUGGUUGGUCGGUCGUGCUUCGUGGGUUGUUAGAGAAGAUGCAGAGGAGGGUGUCGAGGGCAGUUUGAACUCUCUUCGCUACUGGCCCAUUGCCAUUGAGCGUUCUGUUCUCGAGACCUUUGGUGCCUCCCACGGUGUCACCUACGUCGUAUUUAUGCCAUCCGGCGCUGCCAAGAAGCCCGCUCUCUUUCUUGAGGCACCCAACGGUCUUGCUCUUGCUGCCCACACCCUUAUCCUCGAGCAUCUCCAGGAGACCUUUGAUGUUCCUGUCGAUGAGCUUCACGUCUUCCGCAAGCUCCCUAGGGACAAGCGCCAUGCUUCCAAGAUCAACACCAUGGCUUUGAGUAAGAUGAUUAAGGACAAGAAGGCCUCGGACAAGGUAGUCAUCCAGCGUGGCGACAUCACCGGAUCCGUGAACGACAGUCUCCGUCGUGGUAUGACUUCGACCUCGCUCAAGUACUCUGCCAGCUCUCUUGACCUCAAUGCCCGCAACGCCCUCGCCUAUGCCGUCGCGCCUUCCUCUGUCCCUGUCGAGCAGCGUUUCAAGUUUUCGAACCCCGAGCAGAACCACUUCUUGUUUGCCUGGCACCCAUCCCCCUUAUUGGCCCAGUGCGGAGGUGGAAAGGCUAAGAACAUGGCUACGCUCACCAACCUGGUCAGCAGAGUCCCUGGAGUCCGUGCCACUGUCCCUGCUUGGUUCUGUGUCUCGACUGAGGCUUUCAAGGCUUUCUUGGCUGAGAACCACCUGGACUCUCAAAUUUCCCCCCAUAUCACUACCUCCGAGGGUUUGGACGCCUUCCAUGCUGCAUUGACUACCAAGAUUAUGGCAGCUCCCUUGUCGCCCGCGAUGACUCAUGAGAUCACUGCCUUGGUCGAGUUCCUCACCUCUACUUCGGCUUCUGCGUCCAACCCCAAGCCCUACUUUGCCGUUCGUUCGUCUGGUGCUGAUGAGGACUCUGUCUCGCACUCCUUUGCCGGUCAAUUCGAUUCGUUCCUGUACCGCCAGUCCAUGGACGACAUUAUCACCGCCCUCAAGAAGUGCUGGUUGUCGGCCUUUGCCCCCCGCGUCAUGUCGCAUCGUCUUGCCUGCAACCUCCCCGUGAACAAUGUCCGCAUGGGUGUUGUCGUCCAAAUCAUGGUCGAUUCCGAGUGUGCCGGUGUCGCCUUCUCUCGUCACCCAUUGAACCCCAUCAGUGCCAAUGUCGCUUUGGUGGAGGCUGUCUGGGGUCAAGGAGAGGCUCUUGUCAGCGGUGCUGCCGAGCCAGAUUCAUUCGAGGUCGAGCGCGGAUUCCAGGGCAAGGUCAAGGAGACUCUUGUUCCCAAGCCCAAGAUGUGGGUCCGCAAUGGCGGUAGUGCCGAUGAUGCUGAAGCUACUGGAUUGGUCGCUGUCGAUGUCCUCGAGCCCAAGGCCAGUGCUGCGGCCUUGACCCAUGGCCGUGCCAGAGCUGUCGGCGCCACCGUCAGUGGGUUGGAGGCAUUGAUUGGUACCCCAGUUGAUUUCGAGUGGGCUUUCCAGGAGGAGGACGGUAUGCUGUACUGUCUCCAGGUCCGUCCUAUCGUUAACCUCCCUCCAGCUGCCUUCUUUGCUGCCACUGACCCUGCCCCCAAAUCUGAGGCCUCUUCCGAGACCUUGGGCGAAUCUCACAUCUCGGUCCAGACGACUGCUUCCAGUGCCGAAUCCAAGGGCAAGAGCAAGGGCGAUGACAUUGAUUUUUCCACGAUCGCCAGCCGUGCGAUAGACUCUCUGGCUGCCCCUCAGGGCAUGAACGUCACCUUGUGGGACAACUCGAACAUUGUCGAGUCCUACUCUGGAGUCACCACUCCCCUGACCUUCUCCUUUGCCUCGUACAACUACCGCAUUGUCUACGAGACCAUGCUCACUUUCUUGGGCACCCCCACCAAGCUGGUCCAAGCCAACGAAGACGCCCUCGUCAACCUGCUCGGUUACAUCCGCGGAAACGUCUACUACAACCUCAUGAACUGGUACCGCCUCCUCUUGCUCGCACCCCUCGGCAAGUUCUCGGAUCCCAAGCAUAUGGAGACCAUGAUGGGUGUCAAGCAAGGGCAGGAGGGUAACGCCGAUAUGGAGAAGGAGUUCAAGAAGAUCCUUGAGGCCCGUCCCAAAUUCAACGCCUGGCACCGCACCAACCUCGUCCUCAAGUACAUCUCGGCCUACCGCAACAUUGACCGGAUCGUCAACAAGUUCUUUGCCAACUUUGAUGCCUUCUACAGCACCGGACGUGAGAUGGACUUUACUUCCAUGUCGCUGGAGGAGAUUGCGCUCUAUUACAAGAAGAAUGCCAGUGCCCUCUUGCGCGACUGGAAGGCCCCCGUUAUUAACGAUCUGUUGGUCAUGGGAUUCUUUGGUACACUCAAGUCCUUCAUCGCCAAGCACUUGGUCGAUGCCAAGGCCGCCGCUCCUGCGACUGGCGAUGCUGCUGCUGUCCCCACUGCCGCUGAAGCUGCUGCUGCCGCCGCCGAUACCGCCGCUGUUGAUUCCCUCCAGAACGAUCUUCUCUGCGGCGAGGAUGUCGAGUCAGCCAAGCCUACCAAGAUGUUGAUGGACAUCGCAAAGACCAUCGACACCAUGAUCGAGUACCCCAAGCUAGGCGCAUGGUUCAUUGGACACAAGGAACAUGUCCUCAAGGCCAUCAAGCCCGAGGAGAACCAAUGGAUCCUGCGCUCGACUAUUUUGAAGUUGUCGUUCGUCAAAGCUAGUGAGCUCUUGGCUGGUUUGAAGGUUACUGAGGCUGAUAAGCCUCACCCUCCUGUCCAGGUCGUGGCUGAUGUCUUGGCCAUGAUCCUCGAGUUCUUGGAUUCUUAUGGAUUCCGUUGCAUCAACGAGCUCAAACUCGAGGAGAAGGACUUGAAUGACGACCCUGACUUUGUAAUCGACGCGAUUGCAGGAUACAUCCGCACAAAAGCCUACGAAGUCGACGACCUCGACAAGCGCGAACAAGCAAUCCGCGCUGCCGCAGAAGCCCUAGUCCACCAAAAGCUCAAGGGCACUCAACUCAAGCUCUUCCUCUGGCUCCUCCGCAACACCCGCCGAGUCGUCAAACACCGCGAGAACCUUCGUUUCGCCCGCUCAAAGGUCUUUGGUGUCAUGCGUCGUAUCUUCCGCGGAAUGGGUAACCGUCUCGUCGCCCUGGGUGCCCUCGAUGCCGAGAGCGAUGUCUUCUACCUCACAACCGAAGAGCUCCUAUCCUACGUCGAUGGACGUGCAGUCUCGCGUGACCUCAAGGCCUUGACCCAGCUCCGCAAGACCGAAUUCGCAGGCUACGUUGCCGACGCCAACGCGCCCCCAGAACGCUUCGUCACCCGUGGUGCCGCCGGUGUUUACAUGUGGUAUCCCCACAUCCUCGCCGACCUGGACCUCCUCAAGGACGCCGAAGACUCCAACGGCCCGCCAGAACCCGGUGUCCUCAAGGGUGUCUCAUGCUGCCCCGGAAUCGUCGAAGGUGUGGUCCGUGUCGCCAAGGACAUCUCCGAGACCAAGGACCUCAACGGCGAGAUCUUGGUCACUGCCAGAACCGACCCCGGUUGGGUGCCUCUUUACCCAAUGUGCUCAGGUCUGUUGAUCGAGCGUGGGUCGUUGUUGAGUCACUCGGCCGUCGUUGCUCGCGAGCUGGGCCUCCCUACUAUUGUUGGUAUCUCGGGCGGAUUGAUGAAGCGUCUCAAGACGGGAAUGCGUAUCAAGAUGGAUGCUGGAAAAGGAAAAGUUUACAUCUUGGACGAGCUCGAAGCCCUGGAGAAGGAGGGUACAGCUUCCGCUGCUGCUGAGGCUGAGAGUGAGGCCAUCCCUGUCGCUGUUUAA